ACGUGGAUUUACAAAGAAAACAGUUCAUGGUUCAUGCACUUAUUAAUCCGUAGCGUUUCAUUCGAGCGCGCGCGUAUCAGCUCACAAUCUGUAGAAGAAGGCCUAGGAUACAGACCGCACUUAGAUCAGGAGCGAAAAUGGCAAACGAAACUGCAACAGACUUAACGGCAAGCGUGAAAGCUCUGAGCGGAAACCUUGACCAGUUGUUCUUGCUCGUAAUGGGUUGCAUCAUUUUCUUUAUGCAGACAGGGUUUGCUUUCUUAGAGGCCGGUUCAGUGAGAUCAAAGAACACAACAAAUAUCUUGAUCAAGAAUUUCUUGGAUGUUUUUAUUGGUGCGGUGGCUUACUGGUUAUUCGGGUUCGCCUUUGCUUUUGGAGCUGAAAGCAACAAAUUCAUUGGACACAAGUAUUUUGCUUUGGCUUACUUACCUUCCGACCAGUACUCCUUCUGGUUUUUCCACUUCGUUUUCGCGGCAACUGCGGCAACAAUUGUCAGCGGUGCCAUGGCCGAGAGGACUGAGUUCAAAGCUUACCUUCUGUACUCUGUGUUUCUGACUGGUUUUGUGUAUCCAAUAGUCACUCAUUGGGCAUGGGAUGGAAAUGGCUGGCUGGCUGUUGGUGUCGAAUAUACUAAAGACAAUGUGACCAUGUCUGUGACAUACCAGGAUUUUGCAGGUAGUGGGGUUGUUCACGCCCUUGGAGGUGCAGUCGCUUUAGUGGGAGCAAUCGUUGUUGGUCCAAGAAUCGGAAGAUUUGUUAAUGGUGCCCCUCAGUUGAUGUCGGGUCAUACUGUGCCGAAAGCAGCCCUUGGAGGAUUCAUCCUGUUCUUUGGUUUCCUGGCCUUUAAUGGAGGUUCCCAGGCAGCCAUUGCUAGUCCUGGUGACGCAGACGCCGUGGCCCUUGCCAUUGUGAACACUGUUUUAGGAGGAGCCGCAGGUGCAUUGACCGCCAUGAUUAUCAAGCGUUUGGGCUUUGCGGAUAAAUACUGGAGUUUGCUUUUCACCAUCAAUGGUGGACUUACUGGAAUGGUGGCUCUGUGUGCAGGCUGUAAUGCUGUCCAUCCUUAUGCUGCUUUCGUUAUUGGAAUCAUCGCUGGAAUGGCAUACGUUGCUUGGAGUACUCUCAUGUUGCGUUUAAGGGUUGAUGAUCCUCUGGAUGCUGUGGCUGUUCAUCUCGGUGGUGGUAUCUGGGGAGUGCUGUCUGUUCCAAUAUUCAACAAGGAAACUGGAAUCUUUUAUUCCGGUAACGAAUAUUCAUUCCGUUUGUUUGGAUGGAACCUGCUGGGAGUGCUUGUUAUCAUUGCCUGGUCUGUCGUACUGUCUUCCAUCUUGUUUAUUACCUUGCGCCUCACUAAACAGCUCCGCGUCAGUGAAGAAAUCGAGUUGAAAGGUCUUGACAUUCCCAAACAUGGUGAGCCCGCGUACCCACUGUCAAGUUAUGGAGACGGUUGGGGAUCUGGCGAGUCCCCGGCAGCAGGGAGACAGAACUUCCCCUUCACCGCCCAGUUAAAUAUAGUUGGUCCAACCCAGAACGGCCACAGCCCCGCCCCAGUCAAGAACGGUGCACCUGUUCAAGAAAAGGGCGUCUCUAAUCCUGGCCUCGUGGUCAGUGACGUCCCCCCGAGCACGGACACAGCUUUUUGAAUAACACUUUUCCAAUAAACAUCCCAAACUGCUUAUUUAAUUUUCCGUUAGAACUGCACUUGAGAAAGACUAUACCACUUUGACAAGGUAUCUUUUGUGCUUCGGUUGUAAACAUUUCACUUGAAAAUUUUGUACAUAUCUAGUAAACCGCUUACAUCUACACAUGUUAUUGUUAUGUAGGGCUUGUUUACUUUGCAGGAGAAAUUCCUGGGACAUGCUAAGAAAAGAUAGCAGUAGCUAGAUAAAAUGAAGGAAUAAAUUGUAAUUAGUUGAAAGGCCGAGGCCAUAUCUAAACUGUUAUAUAUUGUCGGAAACAGUUAUUGUCUAUUACAGCCAGGCUGAAUGGCUUACUCUUCGCCUUCAUUUAGUUAAUAUUUUCUCAGCUAUUUUAUCACAACGACGGUGCAUAGCCGAAAUAAACGUUAUGUUUGUUAUGAUGGUAGCAAUAUCCACGAUCCAAGGACUACUUGCUUUCGGUGAUCACGUAUCGUACGUGUCGUACCCGUGUCGUACCCAGUCUUCGUGGAGAGCGUCGUAGGAAAGGACUGGAUAUGAGAUAAAUAAUGAAUUGUAUUUUUAGUUCUUCUGAUUAGGAAUUUGCUGGUCGCCAUCAGUUGUAUUUAUAAAUUACCAAAUUAACAAAUAAAUUUUGUGUGGCAUUGUUUGUUCAA